AUGCAAAAUAAAUCAGCAAAUAAAACAUUUUAUAUUGCUAUUCCAAUUGUAUUAGAUGAUGAAACUGAAAUUGAAGAACCUGAUAUAAUUGAUAAUGAUUGGAAAGUAAGUGAUUCAGAAGAAACUAAUAAUCAAG